AUACUAUUCAUGUUUUUUUCAGGGAGAUUUGACGUCCGUACAGUCACAUCGUUAUUAUCUUUAUUACUUAUAUUAUAAGUAACUACAUUUCCGAGUGAACUUGUGGUUUCUUAGUAGACGGUGCAGGUGUACGUAAUGAGUGUACUUGACAAUCACAGACCCGGAGCCAUGUUGCUACAUGUCACGCUUACAGUCGUUUGGACGUUUACUUUCACGCCAGGUUUUGGUCACACACAUAUUUUAGAUUCCACAUACAUUGCAGCUGUGUACGAGCAUCGUGUGAUACUGAACCCGGACCCCCUUACCCCCCUGUCUCGGUCCAAUGCUCUCCGACAUAUGCAGAGGAACCUGGACAUCUACGAGGAGCAAGCUGCCCUAGCAGCCCAGCAGGGUGCCCACAUCCUGGUGUUUCCAGAGGAUGGUCUUCACGGCUUUAACUUCAGCCGUUCGUCCAUUUCUGGCUACCUGGAGACCAUUCCGGACCCUGAAGAGGAGCACUGGAACCCCUGCACAGAGCAUAGCAGAUUUAACAAUACAGAGGUUCUCCGGCAGUUGAGCUGCAUGGCUCGCCGCCACCAUCUUUACGUGGUAGCCAACAUGGCUGACCUGCAGCCCUGCCCCUUGAUGCCAGACCCCGCCUCUUCCUGUCCCUCAGAUGGACACUGGCAGUUCAACACCAACGUGGUUUUCAGGUCAGAUGGACUGCUGGUGGCACGCUACCAUAAACACAACCUUUAUUUUGAAGGGGCCUUUGACACACCGCCGCAGCCAGAGAUCGUAACGUUCGAUACACCUUUUGCUGGGAGGUUUGGCCUCAUCACCUGCUUUGACAUCCUCUUCCACGAGCCCACGAUCACCCUGCUGGAGAGGGGUGUACGUCAACUGAUCUUCCCCACAGCCUGGAUGAACCAGCUUCCCCUCCUCGACACCAUCCAGUUUCAGCGGGCCGUCAGCCUGGGUGCCAAUGUCACGCUGCUCGCCGCCAACGUUCGCAACGACCGACUCAUCAUGACAGGAAGUGGCAUCUACACCCCUUUAACGGCCUCCUACCAUCACGCGCAGAGAGGGGACCCCGAGGAGGGCCGGUUGAUUGUGGCUAGGAUCCCCGUGUUGGACCCGAGUGGGGUCAAGUGGAGGGCAACAGACUCUGGAUUUUGUCAGCAAGACAGCUGUGCUUCAUCGCCGCCAUCCUCCGCCACCUUUACUUCCUCCAUGAUGCACGAUCCUUUUACGUUUGUCCUCCUCAACGACACAAACGGUGACCUGGAGGUGUGUGACGGCUCCUUCUGCUGUCGUCUGCAGUUCCAGCGUUUUCCACAGAGGGGCAGUAAGGAGCUCUACGCACUGGGAGCUUUUGCUGGCACUCAUACUGUCAAUGGGCGUUAUGCUGUGCAGGUGUGUGCAGUGGUCCGCUGUGCAGGUUUGGAGGCCAGCUCCUGUGGGCAGGAAGUAGAAGAGGCAGCGACUAAACUCACCUUUACGCUGGAAGGACGGUUUGGGACCAAAUAUGUAUACCCAUCUGUUCUGGUGAGUGGUUACAUCCUGGAACAGCCUGAACACGUGGUGAAGACGGGAGAUGGGAAGGUGACCAUGACACAUUCAAACGUGGCAGGGGGUCUUGUCACUGCAUGCUUGUAUGGACGUGUCUAUCACCUGGACAACCAAUGAUGCACUGUGAUGCUGGCAGGAGAAAACAAGAUGUAAGAUUAGUAAUACCAACUUGAAAUCAUGUAACAAGUUUGAGUUCAUUGUGCAGGAGAAGUGCUAAUUUCCAAAAAGGCAAUAUUUAUUAAUUUCCACACACAUACUGUACAUUGCUCUCUCUCUCUCUCACUGACACACACACACACACACACACACUUCAGUACAUAAACAUCAAGGUGUGGCUGCAACUGCUGCAACGUCCCUCUGUAAAAUGUAAAGUACAUCCUCAAACUGCAAAGUGGUUGACCAUGAUCGCUGUUUGAUAACAGCCAUAAAGACCCUUCAUCCACGUGGUCCCAUGUAGAAUGAUACAUUUUGUUCCUUAGUCCUCUGAGCUUCCUGUCACUAAAUGUGAAGAAAAUUAGUGAGAUGAUUCCAAGAACCUCCAGGAGUUUAAAUAUAAAGCAAAUAAAAACAUUGGCCUUCUACCAGGGAGUGAUGUAGUGUAAUUUUUUUUUGGC